AUGGAAAACAUUCGUCUUAUACUUAUUUCUUUACAUGUUUUCAUCACAAUUUCUUUAAUAUAUAAUCUUCAUGUUCAUUCAUCACUUGUUAAAAAUUCAUUAACACAUGAUAAACAAGUUUCAUCAAUUAUUCAUUAUAUUACUGGUUUAUUUCAUAUAUCACUUUUUCAUUCAUUAUGUAUUAUUGCUAUAUGGUAUAGUCGUCGGUAUAGUGCAAGAAUAAUACGUGCAACAGGAAUAUUAUUAAUCGGAGAAUCUUUACAACUCAUCGCAACAGCUAUUCAACAUUCAGUUGAAACACAUCAUAUUGCAGCUGGAGAAUUAUUUUUUUAUAUUAUUAGUUUAUUAUUAUUUUUAACAGCUAUAAUAAUUACUUUUCUAUUAGCAAAGAAAGUUUCUGAACAUGAAAAAGAUUUAAUGAAAACAGCAUUAUUAACAACAACUAUUAGUGAAAUAUCAAUAGACGAUGGAGGAGGUUUUUCACUUGUUUAA